AGAACAACCAACAGAACAAAGACGAAACCGAUAAAAUCGGUUUAUAACAACAACGACAAGAACAAGAAUACGAACAAGUAUAUUCCAUUAUUAUUCUCUCUUGAAGAAUAUUCCAAUUCCGGAACCCAAACACGUCCUUAUAUUUUCUCCAUUUUCUCCUCUUAACAAUUCCUAAUCCCUAAUCCAAAUUAUUAUUAUUAUUAUUAUUCUAUAAACCAUUAACCAAAACCGCGUUUCGUUAACGCUUAUCGCAUAAUCGAUUAUUCAGAAAUGAAGUUCUGGAAGAUUCUCAACAACCAGAUCGAGCAAACGUUGCCGGACUGGCGUGACAAGUUUCUCUCCUACAAGGAUCUCAAGAAGCAGUUGAAACUCAUUGUUCCUAAAGAUGAUUCUUCUUCUUCUUCCAAACGCCGUCGUUUGGAUGAUGACGGUGUGGUUGAAGCCGAGGUUUCCAAAGAGGUUGACGAUUUUCUGAAGCUCUUGGAGGUUGAGAUUGAGAAAUUCAAUGGGUUUUUUGUUGAGAAAGAAGAGGAAUAUGUUAUCAAAUGGAAGGAAUUACAAGACAAAGUUGCAUGGGCCAAGAGUACUGAUGGAGAGUUGAUGACAGUAGGGAGAGAAAUAGUGGAUUUUCAUGGAGAGAUGGUUUUGUUAGAGAAUUAUAGUGCACUGAACUACACAGGUCUUGUAAAGAUAAUAAAGAAAUAUGAUAAGCGAACUGGUGCACUACUCCGAUUACCUUUUAUCCAAGAUGUCUUGAACCAGCCAUUCUUCAAAAUCGACGUGCUUAACAAGCUUGUGAAGGAGUGUGAGAUGAUGUUAAGCAUUAUUUUCCCCAAAAAUGGACCUCUAGGCCAAUCCUUGUCAACCAGCGAGGUUUUUGAGGAAGUUGCGCGUGGCUCGACUGCAAACGAAACUAAAGAGACACUAGAGCAUGUCCCAAAAGAACUUUCCGAGAUCCAAAAUAUGGAGAACGUGUUCAUCAAACUAACUACUUCAGCACUGGACACCCUGAAAGAGAUUAGAGGUGGAAGCUCAACUGUAAGCAUAUACUCAUUGCCUCCAAUGCAUAGCGAGACUCUGGUAGAGGAUUGAGUCUUCAUCUUCGCUUGUUUCCGGUUUCUCUUCUGUGGAGAACGUAGCCGAGAAAGUAGCCAAAUAGAUAGGACCUGUCCAACAUUUUCUUUUCUAUGUUGAGAACAUACUCCAUGUGAAUUUAGAUUGAAGUUUGGCCUCCUUUUUGAAUCAGUUCAUGAUUAUUUUUCUUCUUUUUAAUAAUAAUGUAAAAUUUUGGUCAGGGUUAUAGGUGUCAUGCACUCUCUUAAAUCAGCACCUAGCUUGUAUCAUUAUGCUAACAAUCUGUGGGCUUUAUGUAGAUAAUAACUAGAUAUUUAUACCAGUGAUUUGGAAUUUUGUAAUGCA